AUGUCCUACGACGCGUACGACGCUCCUCGAGAGCGCGAGCGCACCACCCGGCGCUCGUACUAUCAGGAGGAACGUCGCGAUGACAGAGACCCUCGCUACCUCGAUACGAGAGAUAAUUACCUGAGAGUCCACUCGCGCGACCUCGUGCCUAGAGCUCGCGAGGACAGCGAUCUCUCCAUUGAAGAGGUUCACCGCGACUUCCCUCCGCCGGGCUACAGAGACGUCAGACGAGCCCGCUCUGCCGAACCUGGCUACUAUGAUGACUACGACGAUCGCCGCUCACACUACUCCAAGGCGGACCGAGAGUACGACUAUGAUGAUCGCCGACGGAGCAGGAAGGCCGAGAGUGUCUACUACGAAGAGGAAGAGAGGAAGCGCCACCGGGUGCUGUCCAACCAGGAGAAGAUCAUCGCCGCUAUUGCCGGCGCUGCUCUUGCCGUGGGUGGAAAGGAGCUCUACGACCGCCGUGAGGCAAAGCAGGAAGGCAGUGACGUCCACCGAAACAUCAUGUCCUCCGCUGCCCUCGGAGCCGCUGGCGCCCUCGCCGGCUACCAAGGUGCCGACUUUUACAACAAGCGAGCCGAGAAGAGCGAGAAGAAGUCUACUCACAUCGUUCACAAGGGCCGCGAUGGCCGAGUCACUGAGUAUAUCUCCGAUGACGAAGACGACAAGCAGAAGAAGGGCCACAAGAACUUUCUGGAGAGCGCUAUCGCCGCUGCUGGCCUGGGAGGCGCCGUGAAGGCUCUGACAGGCGGAGGAAAAGACAAGGACGAUGAUCGCAGAUCCGAUACUCGCAGUCGCCGGGGCAGUCGGUCAAGAUCUCCGCAGUCGAAGGGUGGCGAAGGCGUCCAGAAGAUGCAGAAGGCCGCCAUGGCGUCUCUCAUUGCAGGAGCUACCGAGGCAUUCCGUGUGUCUAAGGAGCCAGGUGCCUGGAAGGGCGAGAAAGCAAAGCGUGUUCUGACUGCUGCAGCUGGUGCUGCCACUAUUGAUGCGGCCCAAAACCCUGACAAGGGCGGCAGUAAGCUUGGCUUGGCUGAGUCGGUCAUCGGAGGUCUCAUUGGUAAUCGCAUGAUCCACGGCUCUAGAAAAGAUAUCAUUGAGGACAAGAAGACUGGACGCAGUCGAUCACGAUCUCGCGCUCGUUCCGAGGGCGGUCACGGCGGCGUCAGUGGCCUCGCAGCUCUAGCAACAGCUGGUCUUGGAGCCGUGGCCGGCAAGAAGAUCCUGGACAACCGUGAGCGAUCUCGCUCUCGCCGUAGAGAUGAAUCCUACGACAGCCGGGAUGAGUCCCCAGAUCGACACAAGAGAAGCCGCAGUCGCAGCGUUGUAGAUGGGGCUCGACGAGGCUUGGCCAAGCUUGGCAUCGGCAAUGGUCCUGAUGACGAGCGUGACCGCGACCGCGAUCGUAGCCGCAGACGAGACUACGAUGACGAUGACUACGACUCUCGUGGCCCGUCCCGACGACACCGCGGACGCGAUGACGAAUACUACGAAGACUCGAGGAGCUAUCCUCGGGGAGGACGAGAUGAUCAUGACGACGACCGGUCGUAUCGUGAACGCGAACGCAGUCGGUCACGAGGAGCAAGAAAAGAUCGAAGGAGAGGAAAUUCCAGGGGCUCGGUAUCGAGCUCCGAUCUGGGUGACUCGGAUGACGAUGAAAAGAGAGCGAAGAAGAUGCGAGGUAAGCAAAUUCUCACCACGGGCUUAGCAGCCGUGGCCACUAUUCAUGCAGCACACAAUGUAUACCAGAGCAUGGAGAAGCGAAAUGCGCGGCACAAGGCUGUGAAAGAGGGGCGUCUAAGUGAGGCCGAGGCCCAGAAGCUCAAGACCAAGGCCAUUCUCCAGGAUGCCGCGUCUGUUGGUAUUGCUGCACUGGGUAUCAAAGGCGCCAUCUCAGAGCUCAAGGAAGCCCGAGAGUUGAGCCACGAGGUCUCGGAAUUCCAGCAGGAGAAGAUGAAGCGGCACCAACGCCGGUUGGAGCGCCAGCAUAGAUCAACAUCUUCGAGUAGUGACUACGACGGCAGACAUAGGGCUGACAACUGGUCUUCUACAGCUCCUCCGCGGUCGAGCAGGUAUGACGAUGGGCCCCGUUAUUCAGACGGGAACCCGUACGCUGCCCUCCCCGCCCCUCCUCUCGGUUACGACAGGAGAUGA